AUGGAAGAAAAUUUUAGUAAAGGGUUUGUACCUGAUGUAGAAAAUAUAACCAAAAUAAAAGAAUAUUUGAAUCAAGGAGAUAUAGGAUUUGAAAAUGAAGAUUUAAAAAAAGAGAGAGAAAAAAUAAGAAGUAAUGAUGUAUUUAUAGAAUGUGUAAAAAAUAUAUGGAUGAAUAUUUUGAAUAAAAAAUUAAAUGAUAAAUUUAGUAAAAUAGAAUAUUUUAAAGUUAUGCUAAGAAUAUGUAAAGUUUUAAUUCCACAAUUUGAAAUAAAACAAGUUAUAAAAAUUAUAAACGAUGAAUGGAAUAAUGAUUCAAAAGGAAAAAAAUAUUUAAAUUUUGAUUCUUUUUUUAAUACUUUUUUUGAAUUAGCUGAUAUAUGGACUCCAACUAUAAAUGCUCAUGAUUAUGCAUUUUUUUUAAAAUCAUUAUUUUAUAGAAUCACAUUUAUUCAAAUUAAAAAUAAAAAUGGAGAAAUUACAAAAAAAAAACCUAUUAUUAUAAUUAAUUUUAAAAGAAAUAUAGGUGUUGGAAAUAAUAAAAAGUUGUCUAUAGUUGAUAACACAGUAAAUAAUGCUACAUCUAAUAAUGAUUCUAUUCAAACAGAAUCAAAUGAUAAUACAUCUGAAAGUAAUAUAGUGACUAAUACCAAAACUCUAAAAAAUACAAUUAAUGAAUCAGACCAAAUAAAAACAAAUAUUAUCCAAAAUAAUAAUAAUAAUGCACAUGAAUCUUUUGAAAACUAUAACGAAGAUGAAAAUGAAGAAUCAGCUAAAAAAUUAUUUGAAAUUUUGUUAAAUAAUAAAGAAAAAGAUCCGAAAACUCAAAGAAGUAUAUUACUCCUUGAUGUCAAUGAAAUCUGUCCUUUAGAACCUCUAGGGGAUAAUAUUGAUGAGGAUAAUAAUACAUAUACCCAAGGAAUAAGUAUGCUUGAUGAAUUAUCUUCUAAAAUGUCAAUUACAAGAAAAAUAUAUCAUGAUUUUGAAAAAAAUAAACAAAACAGAGAAAGUAUUUCGAAAGAUAGUAGUGGUGUAAAAAAAUUUAAUGAAUUUAAAAGAAAACAAAAUCAACUAGAUUCCAGUAACACCAAGGUAGAAUAUAAAAGGAACGUUUUUAGUUCCUCAACUAUUGAAAAUAAUAAAUUUGAUUCAAAAAAAGAAGUGGAUAAAAACAGAAGAAAAACAGAUGGGUCUAUAAUAAGCAUGCUUUCAAAAUUAAAAUUUAUUGGAGGCAAAAAUAAAGCACAAAAUAAAAUUGAUCAAAUUAAUGAAGAUAAAAAGUCAAAAGGUGAAUAUAAAGAUGAACAAUAUUGUGAAUCAAAUGUGGUAGAUACAACAGAAAUGGGAAAACUGACAAACGAAGACUCACUUCUUAUUGAUGGAAUUAAUUUGGACGAAUUUACAAAAGAAUGCAAGAUAGAGGGUUCUAAUAAUUAUGAUACUGAAGAGUUUUAUGAAGAUGCGUCAGGUAAAGUUGAAUAUGAAUCAGGUAAAAUUGAAGAUGCGUCAAGUAAAAAUAUGAAUGAGUCAGGUAAAAUUAUGAAUGAGUCAGGUAAAAUUAUGAAUGAGUCAGGUAAAAUUAUGAAUGAGUCAGGUAAAAUUAUGAAUGAAUCAGGUAAAAUUGAAUAUGAAUCAGGUAAAAUUAUGAACGAAUCAGGUAAAAUUAUGAAUGAGUCAGAUAAAAUUAUGAAUGAGUCAGGUAAAAUUAUGAAUGAGUCAGAUAAAAUUAUGAAUGAGUCGGAUAAAAUUAUGAAUGAGUCGGAUAAAAUUAUGAAUGAAUCAGGACAACUCUUAUCGAAAAGUGGUAAAAAUGUUUCAACAGAUUUAGUGGACGACUUAGGAAGGGGUACAAACAUUAGUAAUGACAAAAGUGAAAUUGUAGAAAGCAAAAAUAAAGAUAAAAAAACAGAAAAAUGUUAUUAUAGAAAAGACGAUCCAAAUUUCACUGAAACAGAAAAGGUUAUGGAAAAUGAUUCGACUUUAAGUGGAGUAGACAUGGUGAAGACAACAAACAUGAAUAAAUCUUUGGAUGGAAAAGGAGAAAUAAAAGAAAGGGAUAAAAAUGAAAUUGAUAUAAACAAUAUAAAUAAAGAGAUAAAUGAGGAAAAUGAAGAAAUGCAUUAUUUAGAUGAGGAAUAUAUAAAUGUACUAAAAGAAAAUUUGAAAGAAAAAGAUUGUAUAGAAAUAAAAAAUGAUAACAAUGAUGUAGAUAAUAUUAAAUUAGAUGAUAAAAAAUUGAAUCGGAUAUCGAAUGAAAAUAUUUCUAACGAACAUGAUGAUAUGCUUAAAACUAAAAAUUAUUUAGAAAAUGAGAAAAGGAUAUUAGAAGAAUUAGAAAAAAACGAAAAACUAAAAAAAAUGAAAUUAUCCCAAAAUAAUUAUAAUAGUUUAGAUGGACUAAUUAACGAUAGUAAAAUAAAUUUAGAAGGAAAUUAUAGUACAAAUGAUGAUUCAUUAAAUUUUAUGAACAAUAAAACGAAUGUAGAUAAUAAACAAAAUGAUAAUUCGUUUGAAAUUAAAAAUAUACAUCUUUAUGGCGAAUUGAAAAAAUCUUCCAAAUCUGGAGUGAAUGAAAUAGCUAAAAAAAGUACCCAUGAUUCGAUAAUAAAUUCUGACCUUGAACGAAGCAAAGAUGUGAUAAGCAGUUCUAAAGAUCACAAUGAAUACGAAAAAAGAGCAUCGAGCUAUGAUAAAGAAGAACAAAAGGAAAGAGAGAUUCAACGGGAAAGUGAAAUUCAACAGGAAAGCGAAAUUCAACAGGAAAAUGAAAUUAAAAAGGAAAAUGAGAUUAAAAAGGAAAAUGAGAUUAAAAGACAAAAGGAAAUGUUAUUAGAAACAGUCAGAAAAAGUAUAUCUAAUAAUUGCGAAUCAUAUAAGAAAGAUUUAGAUAUGUUCUUAAACAAAAUUGAGCAAAACAAACUCAUGGAAAAUGAAAAAGGUGAGCAAGAGGAAGAAGAGGAAGAAGAAGAAGAAGAAGAAGAAGACGAAGAAAAUUAUGACAAUAUAAUAAGAAAAUAUAUAACUACCAAAAUUCAAAAUGAAAAAAAUGAAUAUGAGACAAAAAAUUUAGAAAAUAAAAAAAAUGAUACAAUUCAAAAUUUAGAAAUAAAAAAUGUGUAUGGAAAAGAAGAAGAAAAAAAUAAUAAUAUAAAUCAAGAGUUUAUUAAAAUGAACAAAAUAUUAAAUGAUGUUAUUAUUAAAAGUGAAAUAGGAUUAAUAGAAAAAGAAAAUGAAAAUUUAUUAUCAGCUCAGACUGAUCAAAAAAAAGUAAAAGAAUUCCAAAUUGAACUUAAUAAAAUUUCAAGUGAACUUAAUGAAGAAUUUCAAGAUUUGUUAAAAAAUGAAAAAGAAGUUAAAAAUAUUAUAUUUCAAGAUUAUCAAACUGAUGAUAUUUUAUUUAAUCAUGAAAAAGAUGUAAUAGCUAGUUCAGGUGAUGUCUAUAAAAAAGAAGAGCAACUAGGGGAUCAAAUGGAGAAGCAACUAGGGGAUCAAAUGGAGAAGCAACUAGAGAAACAAAUAGAGGAUCAAAUGGAGAAGCAACUAGGGGAUCAAAUGGAGAAGCAGCUAGAGAAACAGCUAGAGGAGAAAACCAAUUUUGAUCCCACUUUUAAAUAUAAAGAAAAUAAUGUAAUUAACGAUAUAGAAGGCAAACAAAAUAUAAUUAGCGAUAUAGGAAGCAAACAAAAUAUAAUUAGCGAUAUAGGAAGCAAACAAAAUAUAAUUAGCGAUAUAGAAAGCAAACAAAAUAUAAUUAGCGAUAUAGGAAGCAAACAAAAUAUAAUUAGCGAUAUAGGAAGCAAACAAAAUAUAAUUAGCGAUAUAGAAAGCAAACAAAAUAUAAUUAGCGAUAUAGGAAGCAAACAAAAUAUAAUUAGCGAUAUAGAAAGCAAACAAAAUAUAAUUAGCGAUAUAGGAAGCAAACAAAAUAUAAUUAGCGAUAUAGGAAGUAAACAAAAUAUAAUUAGCGAUGUGGAAAACGAUAAUAAUGUUUAUCCCCUAAAUCAUAUACAAAACAAAGCAGUACAUAAAGAGGGUCAAAGUAUUUCGAACAGUUAUAUCGAUACUUCAAAGAAACCAUUGAGUGUUGAGCGUUAUGAUAAAGACAUUUCAUUUAAUGAUGAUGCAAAUGAGCUUAAGUCGGAUCUAGAAAAUAGAACCCGUUACGAUAAUUUUAAUUCCAAUGGUGAGAUUAGGGAAGUUGGAAAAUUAAAUGAAGAUUCUAAAUCUUUUGAAAGGAUGAAAGAUGAAGAAAAAAUAAACGAAAAAAUAAGCGAAAAAAAUGAUGAAAAAAUAAACGGAAAAAAUGAUGAAAAAAUAAACGAAAAAAAUGAUGAAAAAAUAAACGAAAAAAAUGAUGAAAAAAUAAACGAAAAAAAUGAUGAAAAAAAUGAAGAAACAAAAUUUGGAGAAAAAGUAUAUAAGACAUCAGAAAUAAAUGAAGAAUCAAAUGAUCAUAUUAUUAAGGAAAUAAAUAAAAUAGAUGAAAAUAUUUCAACUUAUGAAAAAAUGUCAAAAAAAGAAAAAUUAAUAGAUGAUAAAGAAUUAACAGAAGACAAUAUAGAAUACAUAAAAUUAUAUAAUAAAAAGAAUGAUGAAAGAAAUAAGUUAAAAUAUUUAUUCAUAGAUGAUAUAAAUAAGAUGAGAAAUUUUAUAAAAAUAAAUAAAAAAAGUAAAAAAGAAAAUUUUAUAAUAAUAUCUAAUGGGUCCCCAAAUAUAUAUCGUUUAAUAAAAAGACUAAAGGUUGAAUUUAUUGAACCAUCAAUCAUAUUAAAUAAAAAUAUAAAUAUAGAAAAAGAACUUUUAUCUCCUUUAGGCAAAUUAAUUAAUUCAAAUCUCGAAAAUGGUAGAUGCAUUGAUUUAAAAACAAUAAUGGAUUUAACAUUAGAAUAUAUGAAUACUAUGGUAUCAAAAAAUAAUGGUUAUGUUUUAUAUUUAAAUAAUAAUUUUAUACAUUUUACAGAAUAUUUAUUAUUUAAAUUAAAAAAGUUAUCUAAUCUAAAUUAUAUUAAUUAUAUUAAUUUUCUAAAUAUGAAUUUUUUAAAAAAUGUAUCUAAUACUACUGAAAUUAAUAUUAGUGAUUUCUUGUUAGAAGAUCAUAAUUUAAUAUUUCCAAAUCCCUUUAAGGAUUCCUUUCCAAUUUUUUGUAUAUUUUUAAACACUCACAAAAUAUCAAGAUGCAGUCAUAUAGAAUCAGAACCCGUUGAAGAAGCAUUUCAACGAUUGUUAACAGCUUUUAAAAAUAAAAACACCAAUCCUCAAGAUGUAGUAAACGAAGCUGGAAAAGAAAAGGAAUUAAAUGUUAUAAGUGAAGAAGAAAAAAAUGAAAACUCAAACGACGAAAUAAAAACAGAAUCUAUAAAAGAUGAAAGUAGCAAUGAUGAAUCUGAUGAUUUUUCAGAAAGUCGUGAAGAAAAUUAUGAGAUGAGUGAAAAAGAAGAAAAUGAACAGAGAGACGAAAAUGAAAAAGAUAAUAAAAGUGAUGAAGAUAACAAACUUGACCAAAAAACGAAAGAGAUCAAUGAUGAAACUCUAGAUAAAAACCAAAAUAAAAUUAUAGCAAAUUUCUCAGAGAAUUGGGAACAUAUCGAAUCGGAUGGGUAUUCAGAUGUGGAGUAUCUAAGCAUAGAUAGCAUCGAGAAAAAUUACCUGGAAAAUGAAUCGACAAAUGAAGUAAAAGAGGUAGAAAAGGAAGAAGAAUCUAUGUCUAAUGCAGAAACAGAUGCAGAAUCCGAAGAAAAUAGUGAAGAAGAAACAGAAUCUGAAGAAAAUAGCGAAGAAGAAGUGGAAACAGAAUCAGAAGAGGAUGAUGGAACAGAUAGAAAUAAUCAGAAAGAAAAUAAAAUUGGAAAGGAUAGUAAAGUAAAUAAAUGUAAAAAAAAAUAUGAAAAAGCAUGUGAAUAUAUCAAUAUGAUAAACACAAAUAAUAUAAGUGAUAAAUAUUUUAAUUUGGCAAACAACAGAAUAAAAUAUAUUUACAAAUGUAAUGAUCCUAUAAAAUAUUAUAUAAAUUAUUAUAAAGAUUUAAAAAAAUAUUCAGAAUCAAUAAAAUUCGAAAAAGACAUUUCAACUAUUGUUUUUCAGAAUAAUAUGGAAUUAAAAUGUAACGAGUUUCAAGUUAAAGAAACAGAUGAAAUAUGUGAAACAACAAAAAUAGAAUUAGAAAAAAAAUUAAAAAAAAAAUUUGAAACUUUGAAGAUUAUACACAUAGAUGUAAUAAAAAACAAAUCAAUUAAUAAACUAUUCUAUAUUAAUAUGAUUAAAAAUAAUUUUUCUUAUUUUUUUAAAAAUAAUUUUUUCCCUUAUAAAUAUCAAAAGAGAAAAAGCAUAUUAGAAGAAAAUAUAGAAAAAGACGAGACAGAAAAAAAUAAUAAUAGUUAUGUUGAAAAUAAAGAAAUAAAUGAUAAAAUGAAAGAUAUAUUAAUAAUGGAAUUAAAAAGAAAAACAAAUUUAACAGAAUUAGAAUCAGAAAAUAUGAUUAAAAGUUAUAUAGAAGAGAAUCAAAACCAAAAUGAUAAAGAAUGUUAUUAUAGAAAUUGGAAUGAAUUUUACAAAUUAUGUCCAGUUUCAUAUAUUGAUCAAAAGAAAUUUGUAAAAGGAAAAAAAGAAUUUGAAGUUAUUUAUAAGAAUAAAGUAUAUAUUUUAGAAAAUUAUGAAAAAAUGAUUGAAUUUUUAAAAUUUCCUCAAUUUUAUUCUAAUAAAAAAAUAAAAGAAUCAAUUAAUUUUAAUAUGGUUAUUUAUUUUCCAAAUAUUUGGAUAAAAAAAAAAAUUUUGAAUUUCUUAAAUUCUUACGAAAAAAUAAUACAUAUAGAUGUAGAAGAAUAUUUUAAAAAUAUAUUUAAAUUAAAAGAUGAAAUGAAUAAAGAUAAUUUAGAUAUAUAUUUAUUCGAGUUUAAUAAUUUAUUAAAAGGAAAAGUAAUAUCAGACAUGCUUAUAGUUAGAUAUAUUUGUAUACAAAUGAAAAAAACAAAUAAUUUUAACAUGUAUAUAAUUAGAAAAAUUGUUAGAAAUUUGAAUUUUCUAAAAAAUGAAAUUAUAGAAUUAUUAGAGACAAAAAAUGAUUUACCUUUUUGUGAAGAAGAAAAUAUUUUGAAUGAAUCUUCAGGGGAUGAAAAAAAUUGUGCAUCUAAUUUGAGCACUAAUUCCAAUGAAUCAAACAAAUAUAUAUGUGAAAGUUUUGAAAAAAAAAAAAAAUUAAAAGAAAUUUCUACUAUUGCAAUAAAAAUAAGAUAUUUAUACAAUCUUCUAAUAAUUAAAAAAAAUGAAAAAAUGGAUCUUCAUUUGAAAAAUUUAUUAGAUCCUAUUUUUAGCUCUGAAAAUCUAGACUGUAUAAAUGAGGGCAUAGAUAAAUUUAGUCUACAUUUAAUCAAAGCGUUUGAAAAGGAAAAAAACACUCAAAUGUGCAAUUCAACACAGUUAGAUGUAAGCAGGGAAUAUAUGCCAAGUGUGGUAGAUGUAAGCAGGGAAUCUAUCCCAAGUGUGGUAGAUGUAAACAGGGAAUCUAUGCCAAGUGUGGUAGGUGUAAACAGGGAAUCUAUGCCAAGUGUGGUAGGUGUAAACAGGGAAUCUAUGCCAAGUGUGGUAGGUGUAAACAGGGAAUCUAUGCCAAGUGUGGUAGGUGUAAACAGGGAAUCUAUGUCAAGUAUGGUAGAUGUAGAAGAUUCUGACAAUAUUUUAUACAAAGAGUAUAAUCAAACAAAUGAAUGUUCAACAAAUUUAAGAAGCAAAGAAGUAAUUUCUAAUAACAAUUUUAUUAUAUCUGGAUUACCAUUAAAUAGUAAAAUUUAUAAAUAUUUUAAAAAAAUGGAAAUAGAUAUAGAUAACAUUAUAGGGUUUAAUAUAAAGCGAAAGAAAAAAAAUGAUUUUAAAUGUGGAUUUGAAAAACAAGUAUUAAAAAAAAAAAUAAAAAAAGACAGGUCAAUAAAUAAUCUGAACAAUUAUGAUAACAUGUAUUUAUAUAAUAGAAAUUAUAUUAAAAUGUUGAAUCAAAUAGAAACAGAAAAAUUUAAUUUAAAUAUUUUAAAUUUAGAAGAAGAAUAUAAUAGUAUUUAUGAAAAUCAUAAAUAUAGAUAUCUUGAUCAAAUUCAAAAAUUAAUAAAUCCAUAUAUUCAUAAUUAUUUAAAUUAUAAUAGUGUAUUAAAAAAUGAUAAAUUAAUUGAUAAAAUAAAUAACUGUUAUAUAAAUAUAUACUGUCCAUAUAUUUUAAAAAAAUAUAAUUGGUUAUAUAAAUCUAAAAAUAAUAUAAAAUUAAUAUAUAAUAAAAAAAUACACUUUUUAUCUAAUCCAUAUCAUUCUUUAUUAUUUAUGAAAAAUAUUAAUUUUUAUUCUAAUAAUUUUAAUGCAGUACCACCAAUAAGAAUUUUAUUUUUAUCUGACUAUGAAUCUAUUUUUGAAAAAGAAAUAAAUUAUAUUUCGUAUAUAUUUGGUCUAAAUAUAAUAAAUAUAGAAAAAGAAUUUUUAAUAAAUCUUACAUAUAUAUGCAUAUAUAUAUUAAAAUAUAUUUAUUUAUUUAAAUUGUCUAAAUUUCAUAAUAAAAAGAAACUAAAUUUUAACAUAUUACCAAUUCAUAUUAUACCUUUUGAAAAAUUUGAAGAAGAAAUUUAUUUAGAUGAUGAAGAUAUUCAAUUUUUAGAAAACAACAUUAGUUAUUUUGACAAAGAAAUAUAUAAAAUUCAAUUAGUAGAUGUAAAACAUGAUGAGUAUAUAUACGAUAUUCUAUUUGAUCAAAUAAAACCUUCUAAUAUUAUUAUAAACAUUUUAAAAAUUUUGACAACAAGAUUAAUAUUACAUGAAAAACUUGAAAACUGUCUUAUCACAUACUUAUAUGAUAAGAAAUCCGUUUUUAGUAUCACUUCAGGGGAACAAAUGAAAAAUCUUUUGAAAUCGAUUUUAAUGGAUAUCAGAAAAAAUUCAUGUGCAUCUAAAUUAGAUGUAAAAAAUGAAACUAGCGAUAAGAAAAAUGGUCACACGCCAAUAAAUGGUGCAUAUAACGAAGAAAAAAACCAGCCAAGUGACGAAAAAAACCAGCCAAGUGACGAAAAAAACCAGCCAAGUGACGAAAAAAACCAGCCAAGUGACGAAAAAAACCAACCAAGUGACGAAAAAAACCAGCCAAAUGACGAAAAAAACCAGCCAAAUGACGAAAAAAACCAGCCAAGUGACGAAAAAAGUAAACCAAGUGAAGAAAAAAACCAGCCAAGCAAAGAUUGUGAAUAUGUAAACAGUCAAACAAACGAGAUAAACUUUUCUAUGGAACAUUUUUAUGCCAAUACAAAUGGUAGCGAUGAAUCCUUUUCCUCAGAUACGAAUAGUAGUGAUUCGGAAGAUAAUGAUUCUGCAUAUUCUUCUGAUGACCCAUUUCCAUACAAAAAAGAUGUAAUAAGGAUAGAAAAAAGUGAAGAAAUAUUUUCCAAAAAAAAUGAAGAUAAGAUUUUAAAAAGUAAAUAUAAAUUUUUAGAGAAUAGCAUUUUAAAUAAUUUUGAAAAGGUUUUAAAAUAUUCUUAUCGGGUUCCUGAAUAUAUAAUAUAUUUGACAUGUGAUUAUGGAAAAAACUAUAAAAAGUUGAAAAUGAAAAUAAAACAAUAUGAUAAAUUUUAUGAGACAAAAGAAAAGGAGUAUGGUAAAGAAAUUAUAAAUGAAAAGUUGAAUGUAAAGAAAGAAAAUAAAAUAAAUUUAGAUAAAAUAAAAAGAAUUUGUAAAAAAAACAAAAAAAUAGUUAAAUAUCUUGAAAAAAAUACAAACAUUUGGCAAAUAGAUAUAGGAAAGGUUCAUAUAAAAAAUGUUAGAAUAUCUAUCGAAAAUAGAUUAAAAGACAUGAUAAAAUAUAGAAAUAAUUUAUUCCAUCAAUUAAAUAUAAAAAGAAUUGAUAAAACAUGGGCAAAUUUUUUAAAAAAUAAUAAUUAUGUUAAGUUAUCAAGUUUUUAUUUUUAUUCUCCUGUUAAUAUUGAUAGUAUUGUUAGUUUAGACACAAAUUAUUUACUUAUAUAUGACUCUUUUCUAUUUUAUUUUAAAACUGAAAAUGAAUUAAAUUUAUUUUCAAAAAAUCCAAUUUAUUAUUUAAAUCAAAUAAAACCAUAUCCAAAUUUUAUUCUCCCAUUUAUAUUUAUAUAUACAAAUAUACAUGUUAAUGAUAUAUAUGAAUAUUUAAAAAAAAGUAAUAUUAAGUGUAAAAUAAUUAACUUACAAAAUUUGUUAUCUUUUGGUUAUGAAAUAGAAAAAUAUAAAAAUAAAAUCGAUCAAAAUAACAUAACUGAUGAACUUAUAAUCGAAUUAAUAAACUUAAGAAAAAAUCAAUAUGAUGUUUUAUCCCAUGGAUGUAUAUUAUAUAAUAUCCCAUUUAACAAUAACCAAUUAGAUCAUUUUUUUAUAGCAAAAGAAAUUCCACACUUAGUAUUUUUAAUACAAAAUAAGCAGGUGAGCAGAGAUAUUAAAUUUGGAGAAAAUGUGUCAAAUAGGACAAAUAUAUCAAAUAGAUGCGUGUGUGAUGUUAAUUAUACUGAACUGAAGAAUGUGUGUAAUAAUUGCAUAAAUAUAGAUAAUAUAAAAUUUAAUGAAUUUAUAAAUAAUAUUGAAGAAAAAAUUCCUAAAAAAUAUAAUAAUGUUAUUUAUAUAGAAUAUAAUAAUAUGUGGAAAAUGAAAUAUGAAAUAGAAAAUGCAAUCGAAGAAAAAAUAAAAAGUUAUCAAAGAUAUAAUAGAUAUAAAUACAAUAAAAAAGUUGCUUAUUUUAAGGGUUUUAAUAUAUAUGAAAAAGAAAAUUAUGAACAAGAAAUAAAAUUUAACAACUAUUGUAUAGUUACAUAUAAAAAAAAAAAUAUUUUAGAAAAAUGCAAUAUAUAUAAUAAUUAUACUGUCUAUUAUAAUGGUAACUAUUAUUUGGUUAAUACUUAUGAAGAUGUUUUAGAUUUUGAAAAAAAUCCAGAAACUUAUGUAAAUGUAGAAGAACCAUAUAAAAAGUUUGAAAAAAUUUCAAAUUUAGAAGAAAAUAUCAAAAUAGAGAAUGAAGGUUUUUGUUUGGUUAGCUUAAAAAAUGAAAAUAAUUUUGUUAAGGGAAAUAAAAAUUAUUGUAUAAAAUAUGAAAAUGCAUAUUAUUUAUUUGAAAAUAAAGAAAAAAUGGAAAUUUUUGUUAACAAUUCUAAGGAUUAUUUAUAUAAUCAAAAUAUGUUUGAUAUUAUUAUUGAAAAAAUUAAAUGCACAAAUGACAUUACUACUUUGGUUUAUCUUAAAACAUAUUUGUAUGACAUUAUAUGUCAGGGAUUAUACGAAUUAGGAAAGCAUAGACCGCUAUAUCCUGGUUUUACUGGAAAAUUGAGUGCAAUACAUUUUUUAGCUUUUUUUUUUUAUAAAGAAAAUAAACAAUUUUCAACGGUUCUACGAAGAAAAUAUGAACAAAAGUUUAAAUCAUUUUUGAUGGAAUGUGAAAUACCAAUCAAUAUACAAAAAUUAAAAAAAAAAUUUGAAAAUAAAUCAACUCUUAAAAACCAAUCAAUCAAAAAAGCAACUAAGGAUUGGACAAAAAGAGACAUAGAGAAAUACGAAAAUUAUAUUAAAUUAUAUGACAAAAUAUUAUUUUCCCAAAAAAAUAAAAUAAAUAAUUAA